AUGAGCUACUAUUUGGUUCAGAAAUAUAAAUCCUUGCAGGUGAUCAACAAGUCGAUUGAAACCGGAUCCGAUUUUCUCGAAGAAGGCCUGAUCAAAUGUCCUAAAUCACGUAAGAAAUCACAUAAGAAGAAAUCACAUUCCAAAAUGAAAUCCGCAAUAGUGGUAUUGCCGAAAGAACCCAUUCCAAUGAAGAAGACUUCAAACAAUUUGACGGCCGGAUUAUUCCUUGUAACUACAACUGCGAUUCAAUUGUUCAUUACCUGCUGCUAA